AUGCUCUGGUUGGGCUUCGGGGGGGAGUCCCGGGAGCGGGUGGGUGUGGGGGGGGCUAGGCGAGGGGGGGGGGGGGAGGUGAGGGGAGUGGGUGGGGGGCGGGGGGGACGGCAGAAUAACGGGGGUGGGGGGGAGGGGGGGGAGGGUGGGGGGGGGGGGUGGGGGGGGGGGAGGGAGGGGUCGGGGGGGGGGGGGGGGGGGGGGAGGGGGUGGGGGAGAGGGGGGGGGGGGGGGGGGGGGGGGGGGGGGGGGGGGGGGGGGGGGGGGUGGGGGGGGGGGGGGGAGGGGGCGGGGGGUUUUUUUGGGGUGGGUGCGGGUGGGGCGGGGAUGGUUAGUCGGGGGGAUGGCAUAACAGCCAGGGCGUACUAUAAAAUUUUGUGCCAGGAGGCGUGGGUAACGGUGGGUGUCAAUUGUGGUUUGCCAAGAGUUGGGGGGGUUCGUGCGUCCAAUCAAGUAACACUGGGGGUGGGAAAAAAUAAAAAACAAAAAGGGGCGAGGGGGGGGGAAAAAUAA